UCGAUAUAAACUUACGGGAGGACACGCUGGCUGACGUUCUCAACCGACUGACUUCAGGAAAACCUGUGUGCAAGUUGUCAUCACCAGAACCAAGAUGCAGGCCCUACUGUUGGCCGGCGCCGUCCUGCUCAUUAUGACACGGGCCGUCCUGUUAGAAUCUUCUAAAGAUGAUGAACAGGAAGACAUGUUGGACGGAGAUGACGAGCCCCACCCACUCCUGGUGACCAAAGAGGCGUGGUUCGACAUAGAGAUCGAUGACGAGCCUGUGGGGAGAAUUGUGAUCGCGCUGUUCGGGGAGACUGUUCCUAUAACUGUGGAGAACUUCCACAAGCUGGCACAGGGGAACGUCAGGAAUGAUCCUACCUUCGGGUACAACGGAACGUACUUCCACCGCGUGGUGCAGGACUUCAUCAUCCAGGGAGGGGACAUCUCGUCUUACGAUGGAACAGGCGCUUCCGCCUGGGUCACGCCGGGCCAGGCUGGGUGUCCAUGGCCAACAGUGGACCAGACUCCAACAACUCCGAGUUCUUCAUCCUGCUGACCAAAUCACGCUUCCUGGACAAGAAACAUGUCGUCUUCGGAAAGGUCGUCAAGGGCAUGGAUAUCGCCCGGAAUAUCGGAGAGAUGAGGAGCAGUUCUAACGGUCUGCCGUACAAGCUAGUCCGUGUGGCCGACUCUUCCUCUGAUGCCGUGACACAACCCUACGUGUUGGACGCGCCGGAGGCCAUCAUAUAUGACAUCGAACCCGACCUUAUUAAACCUACGUGAUCUUUAACACAUUCUGAUCUCAGUUUUCUUCGAGCUCUUAUAUCGCUACAUGUGUUCGCAACAAACUUGUUUUCAUUUAUGUAAAACGAAAUUAGGACGUGGACCAGUGAGGAUUGUAAUGGGGGAAGGGGGUUCAGUUUAGUAUGAAGGCUGGGAAGGGUUUUCAACUAACCGGGCACAAAAUGUGACUUUGUAUUUUCACAAAAUCUCGCACUUGAUCUAUGAGUAAAUACAGAAUGCUUGGUUCACAUUGUAGAACCAUCACCACCGAUUUCAACAGACUGACGUAGACGGCGGGCAGAGUUAUUUUAGCACACGGUGACACACUUAUUAUACAGCCCGCAUCAAUGUCUACAUAAAUCGACGCUUAAGUACAGAAGCAUGUUUGUCAACGUAUUUUCAGUCAUGUCAGGCCGGGAAAAUUAGACAAAAAGAACGCUACAGAACAUGAGUGAUAUCGAUUUUUCUUCUGGUAAUAAAAUGCUUCAUUGUCAACGUAUAAUGUCUUGGUCUUUUAAACGAUCACAACAAUAAAUGCAAUCAAUAUAUUUUGCUGCAGUUGUGUUAUAUAUAUAUACACACAUAUAUAUAUAAGUUUUUGUUAUGUAUCUGCCUCUCACAUUUCUAUAAGCUUUUCGAAACACAUUAUCUCCAUCUGUUGCUACAUAAUGUUACAUGUACGUAUACCAUAGUGGCAAGUUAUUAACGACGAAAUAAAGUGUAUAGAAGAAUG